AUGAAAGACCAGUCUCUGAUUUUCAGCAAGAUCCUCCCCCUUGUAGUCAGCAUGGAUCUCUCUGGAAAUAAUUUGAGUGGAGAUCUUCCAAAAGAGAUAACAAAAUUGUCAGGUUUAGUGUUUCUGAACUUGUCAAGAAACCAUAUGACUGGGCACAUUCCGAAGAGCGUUUCAAAGUUGAAGCAAUUGUCAUCACUUGAUCUCUCAAGUAAUAAGCUCUCAGGUGCUGUUCCUCGCAGUUUGGCAUCACUCUCAUUUUUGGGGUUCCUGAAUUUGUCAAACAAUAACUUCUCUGGUAGGAUCCCUUAUACAGAUCAUAUGACAACUUUUGAUGCACCCUUUUUUGCUGGAAACAUUGGUCUUUGUGGUAUUCCACUUGAUGUGAAAUGUUCAGGUGAUGAUGUUGAUCCAGAAAAGGGAUUGAGUACUUCGAAGAGUAGUAGAAGUGGUGACACUUCUACUGAUAAGUGGUUUUACUUGAGUGUUGGAUUGGGAUUUGCAGCAGGAAUUCUUGUUCCUUAUCUGGUAAUCGCGAUGAAAAGGUCUUGGAGUGUAGCCUACUUCGAUGCUGUUGAGAAAGUUGUAGAUAGAAUACUGUUCCUGUGGUUGAAGUAUAGAACCAGACAGCAGAGGAACCAAAGAAGAUGA